AUGAUUAUUAAAAUUGAUCUUGCAAAUUGGGUUCCAUAUAAAUUCAAUAAAAUUGAUGUUGCGGUAUUUGAUAGAGCGGCAAACAACGAUCUAUUGCUACUGGUUCCAAACCAAAAUGCUCCUCCUUCGAGACUUAGAGUUGACGUUGAAUUAUUUAUCUGGG